UCUCUGCAGCAGCUUCUUCGUGCUCUUUGUCCGUGGAUCCUCCGGUGGAUGAAAGAGUGGGGAAGAUUCCUUCAAGCGGCGGCGGGAAGCUGACGUUUUACGACUAAUGUGAUGGGCCUCGAGCGAGAGAGAGAAGGGGAGUGAUGGAGCCCGAGGGAGCAGGUGGGAUUAAAGAAGAGGCUGAGCAAGUGGAGUGCAGCACUAUCCUGACUCAGGCAGGGCAACGACUUCACCGGGUUAAAAAAGAAGAGGAUGUCAUCAAGGUUGAGGAACUACUCAGCCUGACUCCUUUUGAUGUGAAGAGUGAAUGUGAAGAAGAUACCAGCAGCUUGACGCAACAAAUAAAAACAGAUACUGAUGGAGUCGACUAUAGAGGAGCGGAAAUCAGCCACUUGGAUACGCCUCUCCUCCCUGACCACCAGAGGUCGCCGUGUUCUGACUCUGACACUGAUGACAGUGAAGAAUGGAGUGGGAUCGGUGAGAAUCAAUCGGGUUCAAACCCAAAGGAGUAUCUGAAAGCUCAGGUCAGUGAGAGGAAAGAUGACUCUGCUCACCAAUCUUACAUCUGUCCUGAUUGUGGGAAGAAAUGUUCUUCAAAGUCUGGACUGACUCAACACGCAAAUUUCUGUAUGCAAAGUCACAGUGGAGAGAAACCGUACAGGUGCUGUCAGUGCGGUAAAUCUUUUACUCUGAAACGGAGCAUGACGGAGCACAUGAGAAUUCACACUGGAGAAAAACCUUUCAUCUGCUCUCACUGUGGUAAAGCUUUUUCUGUAAAAAGGAACCUGAAAGAACACAUGAAAACUCACACUGGAGAAAAACCUUAUAGCUGCUGUCAGUGUGGUAACUCUUUUACGUUGAGACAGAGCCUGAAGGAGCACAUGAGAAUUCACACUGGAGAAAAACCUUUCAUCUGCUCUCACUGUGGUAAAUCCUUUACUGUGAAAAGGAACCUGAAGGAGCACAUGAGAACUCACACUGGAGAAAAACUUUUUGCCUGCUCUCAGUGUGAUAGUUGUUUCAGUCGUAAACACAGUCUCAAGAUACACAUGGAAACUCACACUGGAGAGAAACCGUUGUGCUGCCCUCAGUGUGAUAAGUGUUUUUCUCACAGAUCGAACCUAAAGGUCCACAUGAGAGUACACACUGGCGAAAAACCCUUCAUUUGCUCUGAGUGUGGAAAAUGUUUUUCAGUCAGCGCCAACCUGAAGGUACACAUGAGAAUCCACACUGAAGAAAAACCUUUUAGUUGCUUUGAGUGUGGUAAACGCUUCACACAGAAAGCCAACCAGGAGAUGCACAUGAGAAUUCACCGGGAGAAAAACCUUUCACCUGCUCUCAGUGUGGAAAAUGACUCCAACUGGGCUCUUGGUCAAAUCAGCAUUCCUUCAGACAUGGCUCAUGCUCACCAGUAGCACAUGGAUUGCUAAUCCUGGGGCAAAACCGUGGCUCAGGUGGUCGAGGAAGAGUUUGAGCGACACAGUUCGGUGAUACCCAGCAUCAGAAGGUUGAUUAACAACUCCCUGGGCGAGCUGUCCGUUGCCACUGAGGCACAAGACGACGUGCAAGACAACUUGACUGUGACUGAGACGGAGCAGGCCUUACAUUGGGACCAUCACUCUGGGAUUGCAAACCAAGCUAUUUGUACGCAAGUUUGUUUCGAUCCCACGUCAAACAUAGAACAACUUCUAAAUCUCAACUUGAUCUGAGUGACGGGAAAAGGAACAGAGAGAACAGUUCUGAUCAUUUCUUUCCCUUUUUUGAAAUGUGUCUUCUUUUCCCAGGAAGAUUCUCAAAUUUUGUGUUUCUUGAUGAAGUCCAUGCUGAUAUCCAGAGUCCCAUGAGUAAGCGUAAGUGAUGAUUUGGCAAAACUAAGAGCACACCUACUGAUCCUUUCAAGAAUUGAAUACACCAUUUAGCUUUUCCAUUGUGUCAUGACACUUCACCGUCCAUCUACUUCAGAAGGUUUCAGAAGGUGCAACUAUCCGUCCUCAUUCUUGUUCCUCGUUUCCUUCCUUUUUCCACUUUCAACUCACCAUCUUGGAACUGCAGAGAAGAGAAACCGUGCCUUAGCGUCUUGCUCCUUUCUGUAGCCUGCAGUGCUGACUUCCUUUCUCCAAAUCUUCUAUUUUCUCUGUGAUGAGCUUCAUAAUCAGGGACUCCCCUUCGGAUCACUUGGCUUCUUCCAGCGGACCUUCUUCCAGGUCAGUGUCUGUCACGGAUACACGGUGCUACGCGGUGGUUUUCUUUCUUUAACGUUACGAUGGCUCUGGAGUCUCUCUCCAAACUACUGUGUCAAGUCUUUGUUUUAGCAACAAACCCACUCCUUAAUUUGGGAGCUCUGGUUAUUUGUGACCGUCUGGAGUGGUGAUGACCAACUUGCAAACUGCCUAUUAAAUAUCAUUAUUUGACAUACGCAACAAGGGCGUCUUCUUGUUCAUCUUGAGCCUUUUGCCGUUCUCAUUGACGUUGCAUCGCGAGCGUUAUGCUCACUGAUUGCUGCCUACUGAUGUCUAGAUUUAUUUCUGUUGGCGACAUUUAUGUUGAACUCCCCUUUGUGUGGUGAUUUAGCACAUAACAGUGGAAGAAUAAAGUUACUUAUUUUAAUACAGUGACGGCGAAUAUGAAAUGAUUUCUGUGAAAAACGUGCUGAGGAGACAUCAUUCCACCAGGGG